AUGUCUGGGAGAUCUGCGAACAACGAGAAGGCCGUCGCUCCCGUCUCCAAGGAUGACGACGAUGAGGCCGAGCUUGCGCGCAUGGGUUACAAGCAAGAACUAAGACGCGAGCUCUCCCUUUUGCAGAACUUUGGCGUAUCGUUUUCCAUAAUCAGUAUUAUUACGGGUAUACCCUCCCUUUUCUCGUAUGGGCUGAACACCGGAGGUCCUGCGGUAAUGGUUUGGGGUUGGCUCAUCGUCUGUCAUGCACACCCAACGAGCGGUGGACCAUAUUACUGGGCAGCCAUGUUGGCGAACCCUGAAAGUGCGCCGCUGGCGUCAUGGAUUACGGGUUGGUUUAACCUGCUUGGCCAAGUAGCGGUUACCACGGGAAUCAGCUUUGCUUGCGCAAACUUCCUGUCUACCGUGGCUGAGUUCGGGACAAGCUUUGUCCCAACUCCCAAGACGACAAUUGGCAUAUACGCUGCCGUGUUAGUCAGUCAGGGGCUGAUAAACACUUUCGGCGUGCAUCUGCUCAAGUAUUUGAACAAUGUCUCUGUUUGGUGGCACUCCCUUGGAACUACUUCCCUCGUGAUAGCUAUCCUCGCCCGGGCUCCGAAGCACCAAUCAGCCAACUUCGUCUUCCGUACUUUCAUUGAUGGAACCGGGGUAAAUGGGAACGAAGGAUGGGGGACCCGUGCAAGCCAUGCGUAUGUGUGCAUAAUUGGGAUACUGAUGGCUCAGUACACCUUGACUGAGGAGACUCAUAAUGCUGCUAUGGCUGGGUCCGUCGGUAUUAUCAUGGCCCUUGGCGUUUCUGCGGUUCUAGGGUGGUUCCUUAUUCUCGGACUCCUCUUUUCGAUACAAGAUCUGGAGACCACCCUCAGCUCAUCCACUGGUGAACCCGUUGCACAAAUUUUCUUGGAUACGGUGGGAGAAAAGGGUGCGAUUGUAUUGAUGGUCAUCGUCAUUGGAGCCAUGUACUUCUGCGGAACAUUUUCUGUCACGUCAAAUUCCCGGAUGAUGUUUGCUUUCGCUCGUGAUGGUGGUAUACCUGGACACAAUUUCUUCCGCAGAGUCGACGCUAAGCGCGGAAAUCCUGUUCGCACUGUUUCUGUCUCGGCACUUCCGAGUCUCGGAAGUUCGGUCGCCUUCUCGGCCGCGACUAGUAUCGCAACUAUCGGUCUCUAUAUUUCUUAUGGCAUUCCGAUUGCGUUGCGUGUAAUUUACCGGGAGCGAUUCGUUCGUGGACCUUUCCAUCUUGGUGCAUUCUCAAUGCCAGUUGCUAUUGGCGCUGUUGUGUGGAUAGCGUUCAUCGCCAUCGCCUUCAUCCUUCCUCAGGCAAAUCCUGUCGAUUCUCAAACCCUAAAUUAUUCUAUCGUCUGCGUUGGCAUCGUCGCUCUGUACAGCGUGGGAUUUUGGUUGAUCAGCGCUCGAAACUGGUUUUCUGGACCCAUCAGACAGAUCUCCGCUGCCGAGAUGGGCGUAUCAAAGACUUCGGAAUCAGAAGCGUCCAAUAACGAAAGGACAAAAAAUUCAUAG